AGAGAAUCAGCAUUAUAUACUGUGCACGUCAUCACUGCACAAUGAUCUAUAUGUACACCAUAACCACAUGAUAGUGUUCAAGAUCAUAUCCUUUGCUUUCCUUUCUCUCUUUCUUUCUUCAGCUCAAUCGGUUGGAGAGAAGUUAAGCUACAAAACAAGAUGAAUUCCUCAAGUGUGCUGGAAACGGAAAAGAGGGAAGAAGAAGGAGAAGAAAUGGAGGGAGAGAAUGAUAAAGGUGUGGGACUUGGAGGUGAGCCUCAGAGGAUUCAGCCAUGGACACAGCAAAUAACAGUAAGAGGAGUGUUGGUGAGCGUGGUGAUUGGGAUUAUGUACAGCAUAAUAGCUAUGAAGCUGAAUCUCACAACUGGACUGGUUCCGAAUCUCAAUGUCUCUGCUGCUCUUCUGGCUUUCGUCUUCAUGACAAGCUGGACCAAAGUUCUCCACAAGGCUGGCUUUGUUUCUAAGCCUUUUACUCGUCAAGAAAACACAAUCAUACAGACUUGUGCUGUCGCAUGCUAUAGCAUUUCUGUCGGAGGAGGAUUUGCUUCUUAUUUGCUGGGGUUAAACAGGAAGACAUACGAGUUGUCAGGAGGAGGAGGAACAGAGGGAAACAAUUCAAGAAGUAUCAAAGAACCUGGAUUUGGCUGGAUGACAGGAUAUCUUUUUGUUGUUUGCUUUGUUGGUCUCUUUGUCUUGAUUCCACUCAGAAAGAUCAUGAUAGUUGACCUCAAAUUAACAUAUCCAAGUGGCCUAGCAACAGCAGUUCUCAUCAAUGGUUUUCAUACCCAAGGGGACAAGAUGGCCAAGAACCAAGUGCGUGGGUUCAUGAAGUACUUUUCCAUCAGUUUCUUGUGGGGUUUCUUUAAGUGGUUCUUCUCAGGGAUAGAUGAAUGUGGAUUUGAACAAUUUCCAACAUUUGGACUCCAAGCAUGGAAGCAAACAUUUUAUUUCGAUUUUAGCAUGACUUAUGUGGGAGCAGGGAUGAUUUGUUCACACAUAGUGAAUUUGUCUCUGCUUCUCGGUGCUGUGCUCUCUUUUGGUGUGAUGUGGCCGCUUAUUGAUAGGCUUAAAGGAGAUUGGUUCCCUCCAACUUCUGAAGAAAGCAAUAUGAAGGGUUUAUAUGGCUAUAAGGUUUUCUUAUCAGUUGCUUUAAUCCUCGGUGAUGGCAUGUAUAAUUUCAUCAAGAUACUAAUUUCCACCAUCCUUAGCAUGCUUGAUAGAAUGAAGAGAAAGAACCUUCAAAACUCAACGUUGAAUAAUAUUGAAGGUCAGAAGAAUUUAAAAGGGAACUUGAAACAGAAUGAAAUCUUCCUGAGGGAUAACAUUCCCAUUUGGAUUGGAACUAUCGGAUACGUUAUAUUCUGUGUCGUGUCCAUAGUGAUAAUCCCUCACAUGUUUCCACAACUAAAAUGGUACUAUGUAGUGUUGGCUUACAUAUUUGCUCCUUCUUUAGCAUUCUGCAACGCAUAUGGGUCAGGUUUGACAGACAUGAACAUGGCAUAUAAUUAUGGUAAAGUUGCACUGUUCGUGCUUGCUGCUUCAAGUGGAAAACAAAAUGGUUUAGUUGCAGGACUCAUAGGUUGUGGUCUCAUUAAAUCUGUAGUUUCUGUCUCAUGCAUUCUCAUGCAAGAUUUCAAAACUGCACAUUACACUUAUACAUCUCCAAAGGCAAUGUUCAUGUCUCAAGUGAUUGGUACUGCAUUAGGGUGUGUAACAGCUCCUCUUAGCUUCUUCAUGUUCUAUAAAGCAUUUGAUAUCGGAAAUCCACAUGGAGAAUUCAAAGCUCCUUAUGCUUUGAUCUACAGAAACAUGGCAGUUAUUGGGGUUGAAGGUUUCUCUGCAUUACCUCACCAUUGCUUGCAACUAUGUUAUGGGUUCUUUGGUUUUGCAGUAUUGAUAAACUUGGUUCGGGAUCUUACACCAGGGAAGAUCGGGAAAUGGAUGCCAAUGCCAAUGGUCAUGGCUGUGCCAUUUUUAGUUGGGGCAUACUUUGCAAUUGAUAUGUGUGUAGGGAGUUUGGUUGUGUUUGUGUGGGACAAAGUUAACUCAAAGAAGGCAGAGUUGAUGGUUCCUGCAGUUGCUUCUGGACUUAUUUGUGGUGAAGGACUUUGGACACUUCCUGCUUCAAUUCUUGCUCUUGCAAAAGUUAAUCCUCCUAUUUGCAUGAAAUUUUUUGCUUCAUAGGAUUUGAGGGAUCAUUUACAUACAAAUAAGUUAAUAAUAGUUUAAGCCAUCAUGUGUUAAAGAAAUUUAAAAAAUUAGCAGGUGCAUACAGGGAAAAUGACAAGUAAGGACCUUAUAAGAAGAUUAAUGCCAAAUCAAGAUUUUUUUAAAGGAUUUUGGUACUGAAACAUGGGAGAAGGAGUAAUAAAUUUGGGAACUUUAGUUUUGAAAAGAUCCUAACUUGACAUAAAUUUUCUUGUGAGGUCCUUGUUUGUCAUUCUCUCUUGAUUAUUAUAACAUCACAAUGCAACGGUUUCUCUAGGUUUUCUUGUCUACUUACACAAAAAGCACUAGGAAACAUUAUAAUUAUUUUUAUAGAAAGAAGCUAAGGUACCUUUUAAUUUUAUUACACUAGUCAUAUAAUGUGAUAUAGCAAGAUUCUAUGAGGAAGAAAAAAUAAGAAUGUAUGUUUCCUGAGCA